UCUGAAGCUUAAAUAAAAAUUUAACAAUUUCCCAUCAUUUGGAAUUCCGCAUACCAAAAACUCAUAUACAUCCCUGCACUCAUACGGAAGCUGCAAUUUUCAAAUUAAAAAAAAAGGAACAAAAAGGGAAAUUUUUUUCCGCGAGGUAUUUUGUCCACCAUUUUCCUAAACCGUUCGUCUGUCAGUUUGGUGUUGCACGUCAACUUGCCAAUCACGUCGUUUCUUUUCCUUUUUUUGCUUUUGCUGCCCCAUUCGCCUGUUGUCUGUCGCACACACAUACACGAGAAAACUUAAAAAAAAGAAAAAAACGAGGAGAAAAGAAAGCAGCGAAAAGCAAAACCAAACAGGAAUUUUUUUUCACAUUUUCGAGAAGAAGAAAAGAAAAUUCCCACGAAACACACAAAGGAUCAAAGUUAGAGACGACAAGCACUAGCAAGAGAAAGAGAAGAAAAACAUGUAUUCGAAUGGCUUCACCCAUCAUCCCCACCAGCCCCCAUUCUAUGGAGCACCUAGGGCCGAUCGACCAUACGCUGGUGCCCGUAAUGCUGCAGGAGGUGGUGCCGGAGGAGCUCCAGCGGGCCUAAAUGGUGAUGCUUCAGCACCAGGACACUACAACAACGCAGCAAUGGGCUAUCCAGGUAGCUAUGGUGGCUUUCAAAAUGCUCCCGCACGAGGUAAUUACCAGGGAAAUUCACCAGCAAAUGGUGGAAACUACUAUGGCGGUGGUGGUGCGACUUUUCAGAGGAAACCCAAUUUCGUUCCACGCCCCAAGACUUUCAGCAACAACAAUUUUCUCCAACAGCAAUCUAUGUCGCAUCAAAUGAACUCAGUUCCAAUGGGUAUGCUAUCGAAAGAGGAAAAGGCCGAGCUACAGCGCGAGAAGGCCAAGAACCCCGGACGGAAUCUAGUGAAACCCCAAUGGGAUAACUUGCAGCCUUUCCAGAAAAACUUCUACAUUGCGCAUCCUAAUUCGAUUGCUCUCAGCGAGCAGGGAGUGUCUGAUCUGCGUAAGGAUAUGCAAAUCACCGUCGCUGGCAGCGCCAUCCCACAUCCGAUAACCAACUUCGAGGAAUCUUCGCUGCCAGAGUACGCAAUUCAAGAGAUGAUGCGUCAGGGUUUCACCAAGCCCACUGCCAUUCAGUCGCAGGGAUGGCCAAUAGCGCUUUCCGGCCGAGACUUGGUCGGAAUUGCCCAGACUGGCUCUGGCAAGACCUUGGCCUACAUGCUGCCAGCGAUGGUUCACAUCUCAAACCAGCCUCCUCUGCAGAGAGGCGAAGGUCCUAUUGCCCUGGUCCUCGCGCCCACUCGUGAGUUGGCCCAACAGAUUCAGACAGUCGUGCGCGACUACGGUUGUCAGGCAACUCCUCAGGAGAUUCGUCACACUUGCAUCUUCGGCGGCAGCUCCAAGGUUCCCCAAGCACGCGACUUAGAACGCGGCGUUGAAGUGGUAAUAGCGACUCCCGGACGCCUCAUCGAUUUCCUCGAGAACCGCAUCACCAACUUGUCUCGCUGUACCUACCUAGUGCUGGACGAGGCCGAUCGUAUGCUUGACAUGGGUUUCGAGCCCCAGAUCCGAAAGAUUAUCGAACAAAUUCGUCCCGAUCGUCAAGUGGUCAUGUGGUCUGCUACCUGGCCCAAAGAAGUCCAGGCGCUCGCCGAAGACUUCCUCACCGAUUACAUCCAAAUCAACAUCGGAUCACUUAAUCUGGCCGCCAACCACAACAUUCGACAGAUCAUUGAUAUCUGCCAGGAAGAAGAGAAACCCCAGAAGAUCGUGAAUCUACUCAAGGACAUCGGACAGGCUAUUGCCACCAGUAAAAUAAUCAUCUUCGUCGAAACCAAGAUCAAAGUGGAGGAAAUCUUGCAAAUCAUUCGCAAUGAAGGAUACACGGCCACUUCUAUUCAUGGCGACAAGUCGCAGGCGGAGCGGGACUCUGUGUUGAAGGACUUCCGCAAUGGCAAAUCGAACAUUCUGAUUGCCACUGACGUUGCAUCUCGUGGACUGGACGUUGAAGAUUUACAAUAUGUUAUCAACUAUGAUUAUCCAAAUUCUUCGGAGAACUAUGUGCAUCGCAUUGGACGCACAGGACGUUGCCAGCAAUUGGGAACAUCUUACACUUUCUUUACACCGGACAAUGCCAAGCAGGCACGUGAGUUGAUCUCCGUUCUGGAAGAGGCUGGCCAACAGGCUCCCCCUAAUCUUGUUGAAUUAGCUAGAAAUGCAUCAAAGGGUGGCAGCAGCGGCAACGUUAAACGUUGGCAACAAAACCAACAACAACAACAACAGCAAAUGCAACGUAACAAUCCGUUGAACUAUCAACAGGCAAACAGACAACUGCAACAACAACAGCAAAAGACAUUCCAUACUGGUAACAACAAUUCUUGGAAUCAAUCGCAGCAAUGGCAAAACAAUGGCAUGGGUAACGCUGAACAACGGACAACAUUCCGUCCACAGCGCCCAAUGCAACAGCAACAGCCGCGUCCAAUGCUCGGCGGCUAUCACCAUCAUCAAGCGAACAAUGGCGGCUACAUGCCAGGACCACCACCUCACAUGUACCGACCACGCAGUCAUCAUCCUCAAUUCAUUCCAAACGGCAACCAACAACAGCAGCAACAGCAAAUGCGCUACAACCAACAACAGCAGCAGAAAUCUAUGUAUGAGAAGGCCGGCGAGGGCGUUCAGGCCAAUGGAAGCGGACAGCAGCAACAAGGACAGCAACAACAACAGAACGCAUAUUCGCCAUCACAUCACGCAAAUGGCGGUGGCUCUGGAGAAUACCCCAACAAUGUAUCCACGCCACCUUCAACAGCAAUGUAUGCAGCUCCAGCUCAAUCGCCACCAGCUGCAGCGUACAUGUAUGAUGCAAGCGGUGUUAUGGCAUCAGCAGUAGCAGCUGCGGCUGCAGCAGCCGCCGCCGGAGCACCAUUCGGAUCGUAUGCAGCAGGAGCGCCACCACCACCGCAAUCUGGUGCGGUGUACUAUCAUCCCCAGUAUGCCGCGGUGAAUCCGGCCGCCGCCGUAGCGGCUGCCGCAGCUGCAGCUGAUGUCGCCGGCCUACAGCAGUAGAGCGCAAGUAGUACAGAGCGACCCAAGCAGAUUAAUCUUUCUUUCCAAUGAGUUCCAUAUUGUUUGCCGCAUCCUCUAACCCCCAUCCCUCUUUCUCUAAAUGAAAUCAAAUUAUUUUAAUCAAUUUUAUUGCUCACAUUUGUUAAUUUUGUUCAUAUUCUUUCUUUUUCUCUCACUCUUGUUUGUUAAUUUUUUUUCUCAGAGUUUUUUUUUCAUUUAUAUUUAAUUUAUUUAUUAGUAUUAAAUCAAACAAAAACAAAUCGGUAACUAAAAUUGCAUUAUUUACAAGUAAAUACGUAAAUUAUUUCCAUCCAUAUAUACAUACAUUUUGUUUGCUGCACGUGAAGCAUUCACUUUCGAAAUGAAGAAGAUUUUCUUUUCAUUCGAAGAAGAUUCGAAUUUCGAUAAAGAAUAUUUCCCAAAUAAGUGACCAAGCAUCUUUUUUGACAUAUAUACGAGUAAAUGUAUUUAUUAGUUCUAUCCAAAUUUAUUUAUCAUUAUUGGAGAAAUCGGAAAUGUUUUUUUUUUGUAAAUUUCUUUUUUUUGGAGCGACUCCUCCGAAUUAUCGUAAAAUGCUAAUUUCAAAACGGAAAAUCUAUUAUUUUCCUUAUCUAGUUUUAAAAACUUUAUAUUAGUUUCUAGUAAACCUCACAAACACGUAUAAAUCUCUCCCGAAAGAUGGUACAUUACCAUCUAUUCGGUAGAACUUUAAAUCGCAUUUCUCUUCCAACACAAUUAAUUAAUUAUAAAUUCGGAAUAGAAUUUCGAAUUGAAUUUUCGAAAUGAACAAAAAAAAAACACAAAUAAAACAAAUAUAUAAUGAUGAAGCGAAAAUGACUUACUUUUAACUUGUCAUUUCCUUAGUUUUAAAAAACAAAUAUAUAAAAAAAUUCUUUAAGCAUUUUAGCCAAUUCGGAGAGAACUCCGAAUUGCGAGAAAUUAUUAAAAAGAAAAAAAGAAAAAAAAAACGCGCGAAAAUCUCUGAAAAUUAUGGUUUUUCUUAUACGUUUUUAAAAUAAUUUUUUUUUUGUAAACAUUAUUAAUUUUUUUGUUUUUGUUUUUACACGAAUUUUUUCUGAGUAAACAAGAAGAAAUGAAAACAAAAGAAGCUAUCAUUUCUCAAAUUGAAGAAGAAAAAUUAAUUAAUACUAAAUAAAUAACGCAUAAGUAUAAAGAAGAAAAGAGAAGAGGAUUAAAAGAAGUAUGAAAAGAAAAUUAAACAAGAAUUAUUUACUAUUAUAUUAUAUUAUAUAUAUAUAGAUAUAUAUAUAAUUAAAUACAAGUGAAUAUGUGAAGAAUAUUAUAUAUAACCUAUUCAAGAAUUACACAAAAAAUUAAUAUACAACACAUAAUACACAUUCAAGAAAAAUAAAACAAAAAAAAAAACAAAAAAAAAAAUUAUGAAGAACAUGAAGAUGAACAUUUUAAAAAUAUUAAUAACUUUGAAAUGUGAAUUGUAAUGAAAUAAUUAUUAAAACGUUCUCAUA